CGACAAAGAAGCUCAUUGAUGUAGUAGAGGGUUUCCCCAUGGACACGUUUGUCACAGAGACGUUGACUGCAUGGCAGCUUGAGAACUUGAUUGACACAUUUAAAGGCCAUCCACAGACACAAAGAAAGCCCUUGCCGUGGCAUUGGUGUAUGAAUUCCCUUGCCUUUUGGAUGGUACAGGCAGUGGCUAUGGAGCUUGGUACACACCUGGCCGAAAUCACAAACCUGCUACAGGUUUCCUGGAGGAGCGCUUGAGGAACGUCAGGAAGCGCAUGAGAAUGCUGAAACGACCACGCCACCAAGAACAACAGAAGGAACAGACCGUCCCUAGUACACCAGAAUAUGAUGUGCCUCCUGAAAAACUUCUAGAAAUGGUUGAAUGGAUGAAGGUCAAUAGGUAUCCAGUGUCCCAAGUUGAGGACUACAUGAAUCAAACAGCUCUACAUAGAGGCAAGUGGAUUCGCAGCAAUGGAUCUAAAAGCCUCCCGGAAAUCUUGACUGAGUUCCCUAGGCUUUUAGACAAUCCUGGCAUGAUAUCACAAGACUUCCAGCAGCUUCAUCCAGAGGCAGUGGGAAAACUGUUUCAGAACUGGGCUACUAUGAGUGACCAAAUCCUUACAUAUGCCCAGCGAGAGGGAAAACUGCCCUUGGUGUUUGAUGACAUGACACCAGACCGAGCUUUGAAAGUCCUGCCGACUCUGCUUCCUCCAUCGGUCUACAGGAUUGGAGGAAAAGUCCACAGACCCACCAUAGAGGAGUCCUGCAAGUCCUUCAUUAAUAUCCAACCAGUGGGCACCAACAUGGUACAGUACCUACAGACAGCAGAGAGAACUCAACCCUUCCCGCACAUCUUGUGUCUUGGUGAUGACAUGACAACAUGCCAGACCUUCACCAUUGUGUCAGAAAACGCCAUUGAAACGGACACUUUGCUGGGUGCAGUAGAUCUGUGUUUUAAGGCUUUCUUUGUGUUUGACCUCAAUUACACAAAGCAGUGUCUCCCCACCUGGGAGUUUAUCCAACAGGCAGUAUAUAACAUUGAUGGACAUGAAUCCUCAAAUGUCAAAUUUAUGAGGACAUCAAUUGCAGCUUUGGCCUAAAGGUACACAGAGAGAAGUAGCCUUUUAGUGAUGUGUGUCAAACAAGUUGACAGCUGCUCUCUAAAAAUAUGAUUGACACAAAACAUGAUUGCAGAAGACAGUAGGCACACACUUUAAUUGUGUCAAAACAUUGACCCGCGUUUACAGUAGCUACUAUUCCUGUUAAUUCAUUUAUUUUAAUUUAAUUUUUCUUACUUUACGUGAUUUAAUUUACUUAUUAUUUACUUAUUUAAUUUACUUCAUUUAUUUCAUUACCUUGUUAUGUUUGUGUCUGUAUAUAGUUUCUGCUGGGCAGAGAAAUGUUUUCUCUAUAUUUAAACAUGUUCAUGUUAUUUAUUUAAACCUGAAAGAGAAGUUGGUCCAGAUAACAGCACUUUGUAAUAUAUCAUUUGUUUUAAGGCUCUUUGUUUUUUUUGGGGGGGGGGGGGGUUGAAUUUGUAUUGUUUGCAUUGUUCUUUUAUAGUGGCCUGAAUGUUGACGAUUUGCCAAAGAUGUUCAAAUUAUGAAUAAAUGCAUUUUUAUAUAUAUAUAUAUAUAUAUAUA